AUGGCAGUGCGCAGUACUCAGAUCGUGAAGGGAACUGAGGACAUCUUUCCCUGGCCCAGGGCCACCUGUGAUUUGCCUGCGAUCAAUGUCAAUGCUCCCGGCGAGCCUCCAAUCGAGGCGGUGCUCAUCUUCUAUGAGCCUGCGGAUUGGGCGCUGGAGCUUCAGGUGAUCACCGACGUCCUCGCUGGGGGCCAUCCGUUGGGCGCAGAAGGCGCGGGCGCGGCUGCGCUCCAGCGGGCGGAGGUGUAUUCCUCGAACUCGGAUUUCCUGUGGCAGGCCGGCUACCCGGUGCCCCGCUUCGGGAACGGCGCCUUCGUGUGCGCCCUACAGGAGUUGUGGCUGAAGCGCUCUGGGAGUCCUCUGCAGAUCCAGGAGUAUGGCAAGCCCUAUGCGGUGCAGUUCCAAGCUGCGCGCCAACUGUUGUCCCAAGUGGCCAAGAGCAACGAAUUCGAGCAGAUCUACAUGAUCGGUGACAAUCCCAAGGCCGACGUGCGCGGUGCCAACUUUGCUGGAGACCCCUGGAGGUCGAUGCUGGUUUGCACAGGUGGCGCGGGCG